AUGAACAAAACGUGUGAGUUUUGCUCGUCACUGAACCCGAUCGUGUACUGCAAGGCAGACUCGGCACACCUCUGCCUCUCGUGCGACGCCAAAGUCCACUCGGCGAAUGCUCUCUCUUACAGACAUCCUCGGACGCUCGUCUGCGAAUCGUGCAAGCUGGCGCCAGUUAUCGUCCGGUGUAUGGACCACCACAUGUUCACGUGCCACAAAUGCGACACGAACGGUCACAACCAUAAUGACUCGACCGGGCACCAAAGAAGGGUGGUUAGUUGUUAUGUGGGCUGCCCUUCGGCUAGGGAUUUAGCGGCCUUGUGGGGGUUCGGCUCGGAUGAAUUGCAUAGUAGUUUUGUUGAAAUUGAAGGGGAGUCCAGCAGUAGCUACAUUAUCCUGCAGCAAAUCCAUGAAUUGGAAAAAACACAGCCAUUGCAGGGCAUUUUCGACCAUUCGAGCCUACCCCACGUCAGGGAGCGGACGCACAGAUUACCUUUCGAGCACGAUACCAUGCAAAAACUCGACACGGACCAUUUUGGUUCUGAUAUUGAUUCGGAAAACAAAACCGAAGAGUCAUCGCCAUUUUCGCAGCUCGAGAAUUUCACGAGCAGUGUAAUUAAUAAUCCCUUACAAGGAGACUCAUUUUGGCCUACUAAUGAGAUAUGGCUUCAGAACAUGCAAGAGCUAGGAGUUUACGGUGAAGUCACAUGUUUCGAUGCUUCGGAUAUACCUGAUGUCGACUUGACAUUUCGAAACUUUGAGGAGUUUUUCGGAAACGAGCAUGAUCUUUGCAUUUGUGAUGAUGACGAAAAUAUGUCGUGCUCGUUUGGUGAAUUAGACACAGGCUGUUUAAGCAAAAUCGAGGAAAUCGAAAAGUCUUCUUCCCCUGUGAGCCUCGAUGCUGUUGACAACAAAAUCGAUACAUCUAAUCAAGUUCGUGAAUUACAAUCGAUAACUUUUUCGUAUGAUUUGGACAAUACAAAGUUGGACGUUAAAGGAAAAGCCAAAACGAGAUGCAAGGAGACGAAAGUUGCACGGCGUGAAAAUCAAGCCGAGCGUACAUUGUCGACAUAUGUAUCCGAACGGCAAGAAACGAAGAAAAGAACGACUUUGGAAGGUCGAAGGCCGUGA